UCCAAUCCUUCGAUCCGUUCUGCCUUACUGAAAACAGCAUGUGGCAAACAUGGAGACACUCGCUCGCUGGACGGUGAAUGGCUGUACCGCCAAGCCAUUGAAUACUUACACUACGAUGGCCAACUGCCUGCGGAGCAGGUCACUGCAACCCAAGCCAUGAAGGAGGAGCGCGACGUAGGUUUGCCUCACUUCACUCCCUCAGCAUCAGGCCUGCCGUGUUGAGAUGUGCAAAAGUCAUGGCGGGCGUAUACAUUCCUCCGCACUUUCGCAAGCUCCCCGUGAGAGCUAGAGUGAGUCUCAGCGUUGGCAAUGAUGCAAAGACAGCAACAGCACGGGAACCGGAACCAACUUCUGCCGUCGCCGUCGAUGGUGGUGGUGGUGGUGGUCUGUAUUCUUUGCGCGAAAUCCAUACGCACUUCUGGCCUAUCCACAAAUCGGGACCCACAAGUUACAAUUGCAAGACUCUACACGACGCUGCAGCGGCGCCGGGGGUGUUGGGGUACAUGAUACUCACCUAUGGCACGAGUCCGCGAUGGCGUAACGAUAGGAUUGUCUUUGUCAAGUCGAAUCUUGAUCUGCUUCUAAAUCCAGCUGAGGUUGAGAUUGAGGGUGCUACUGAGCAUGACGGACAGGUGCAAGCACUGGUAACAUCAUCCAGUGCACCCGAACCUGUACCUGCACCGUCCAUGGAUGACAUCGCCGGCACUACCACGACCACCAUCACCACCACCAGCGCAAUCAGCUACACCAACAUCUCCGAGGAGGAUAAUGAGACUCAAGCCCACAGUGCCAAUGAGCAUGAAGCAGAGCCGCAAAGCCAAAUGACCAACAGAAGCGCCACACCGAUAGCAGUCUUCCUACAAACCAGCCCUUUCCCACCCAGCACCUCCGCCCUGAACGACCGCUCGUUCGCGUUCGAAGGAUGGUUCCACAUCUCAAGUCUUGCAAUCCUACAACCUCGCUCAGCCGACCUAAUGCGCAUGUUGGACCAGAAGUUCUUUGUACCCGCUGGUCCAGACGAAGUCAGAGACGCACUCCGAUCAAGGGACGAUUGGCAGACAGGAUUCAACAAGAGAUGGGCUGUGAUUAAGCUGGAACAAGUCAAGGAAGCAGGUCAUGAGGCGCCGAAGAUCGCGAGGAUGGCAGUACAGGACGUGGUCGGAGAAGUGGGUGUCUCUUAUGCGCGGCCUCUGCUAAUGACGGUGAAUGAGAUGUUGACUAGGGAACGGAGGGUAAACUGGACUGCGGAGCGUAUCGAACAUAACGAGAGACCACUCCGACGACUUGAGCGAGAGGAGCAGAUGUGCAGAUCGAGGAAGGUACAGACCUGGCGUCACGAGGCUUGAUCUGUUCGAAGUGGGAAAAGCAUAUUGAGGCGGUGAUGUUGGGACGAGAAGCAGUGAUGGUGGAUUGACUGCGACGUAAGAUGACCCGCUGACAUGUACGAGAACGUUCACAAUGUCUGUCUGCAAGUCUUGAGGAUGUUGACCGAGACUGAGGAUUGGCGUUAGCUGCGACUGUGACUCUCAAACGCAUAGCCAUUCCAUAGCGAGAAAAUGACGAAACAACCUGCGAAGGACAU